AUGACGGACCCCCUAACCCUACACCCGCCAACAACCCUCCUCUCCGCCCUUUGCGCCUGCAUCAAAACCGAAAUCCACCCGCUCUCCGCCGCCGCCGUCGCCCAAGGCUCCAAGCUCUUCGGCGCCGCCAUCCUCCGCAAAUCCAACCUCUCAACUAUAAUCGCGCACACAAACCAAGAAGGCACGUCGCCCCUCUGGCACGGCGAAACCUGGACAAUCACGCAGUUCUUCGCGAUCCCAGAGACCAAGCGGCCGCAUGUCAGCGAGUGCAUCUUCCUAACGACGCACGAGCCCUGCUCGCUCUGUCUCUCGGCGAUCCUGUGGGCGGGGUUCGACAACUUCGUGUACAUGUAUACGUACGAGGAGACGCAUGCUGUGUUUGAGUGCCACGGGGACCUGGAUAUCUUCAACGAGGUGUUUCAUGUGGCUGAGGGGGACGCAAGGCAGGCGAGUUUGGAUGGGAGGGAGAAGCAGGUGAGGCCGCAGUAUAAGUUGCGGAGUGGGCGGUUGGUGGCGACGAGUUUUGCGGAGCUGUUGGCUGCGAUUGAGGAUGGUAACGUCCAGAAGGAGUAUGUGGGAUUGGUGGAGGGGGUCAAGAGGAGUUAUGGGCGGCUUUCGGAGGCGUAUAGGCGGAAUAUGGGGGUGGAGUGA